AUGAUUAACGAAAGCUUAAAAAACCUAGUAACCCAGAAAAAUGAAUAUGAUAAUGUGGUUGUCAGUUGGUUAUGUCGAUGCUCAGAUACUUAUUCUCCAGAUUCAUUUAGGGAUCUAGUAGAGAAAAAUACGUACUAUUGUUUGAAUUGCAAUAAACAGGCCGAGAUCUUUAAUGGUUACCGAAUCAUCCCUCACCUAAAAAAUCUACUCCAUAAUGAAGAGUACAAAAUUACCAAAAUCGUUCGUCAUCUGAUUGAUAACAAUAAGUACCAAAUUUAUGGUUAUUGGCUUUGUCGGUCUUGGAAAUGUCGGCAUGAACCAUCAUGUAAAACGGAUUUCGAUUGCCGAUUCAAAUGGCAAUCUCGACAUAAAUGGCAAUGUCAACAUAAACCUAAGUGUGAAGGCCUAUGGAGUACGUUCCGAUGUAGAAUCAAAGAGUGUAAAUGUAAAUCCAAAAAUGAUUGGAAAUGUGAAUAUCUAUUACCAAAUGAAAGUAAGUGGCAAUGUGAGAAUGAAAUUUGUAGAUGUCAACAGAAACACGAUGCGAAAUGUGAAUAUAGUUGGCUAGGAAAUAACAAGUGGUUAUGUCAACAUAAUCAAAAAUGCAAAACUGAACGGGAAUGUCAACGGGAAUGGCUAUGUUUAAAUGAUUGGAAAAGUGAGGAAUACACUCAGGAAUUACUCAAAGAGUACCUAAAAAAACCACAAAAUGAACAACAGUACGAAUUUUUUAGAAAGGAUUGCAAAGAAUGCGGGAAAAGGUGUCAGAUCUCAAGCUUUCAUUUGUAUACGUCACAGGAAGAUGAGAGUGAAGGAAGUAAUAGUCCGAAUUUAGCUCCUACUCCCUGUUCCCCGUUAGAACCAACAUCACCACCAGUAGAAAAAUUGGUAGAAAUUCAACCUCAAAUUCCAACCGUCGAGAUCAUUUGCCAUCUCGUAUGGAAUAACCAUUACAGAGUGUUUGGAAAGUGGACGUGUAAAAAUUACUACCGUUGCUUUAAUGAUUGGUCAAGUUCAUAUACUUGGAUAAAACUCCGUAAAUUCAUAGAUGAAAUUCCGGCAGAGUAUCUGAAUCGAACUGAUUUUUACAUGCAAAGUUGCUACGAUUGUAAGCAAUCUGGAAACAGACUAUUGGAAUACGAACAUUUAGAGGAAGCGGCGGAGAUCAACCAUCAUAAACGUGAUUUAUGUAAAAAAUGCCAGUAUGGUGAGAUCUGCCAUAAAACUGGCGACUAUCUCGGUGUAUUGUAG